CACCUCAACUACCGUCACUACACUUAUUUGCUUGAACCAUCCAUCGUCUCUGGCUCCUGCACCUAAUUACCAUAGUCUCAUGCUGGUUGCAAGCCUGCACCUGUCAUCUGCCAUCCUCAUGCCACCUUUGCUUCCUAAGCGUCCACCAUGUCGUCCCCCUCCCCCAUAACAACGUCUGGUUCUCCCGAAGCCUCCAACCCUCUGAAUCCGUCACAAGGACGCGCUAUUCCUCCACUCAAUCGCUCAUUCGGGCGGGAUAUCCACAUCUACGACGCCAAUGAUCCUAAUGCUGUGCUUGGUGGUCUGGUUCUCACCGCCGGCGUCACAAAUGCAAAUUUCUACUCAAUGAUUGAGAUUCUUUUCAUAUUUGCAAGUCCCUUCUAUCUACGAGAUGAGGAUAAGACAAAGAUUGAAAAGGAUGAUCAUCCGCUUAAACCUGGGAAGUACUACAUUGUUUCUGACGUUCCUUUGCAAGUCAAUAUUGAGCCAUGGCUCAUCCGAACGAUCAGCCGUGCUUCCGGAACCCAUGUCUCCGCCUUCCGUGAGGCUGUUCGUUUGCGAGAUCGUCGAUGCGUCAUAUCUGGGGAAACUGUACCAAUACUUGCUGGAAUUGAGCUCUGGGAUGGAUUCGAAGCCGCACAUAUUUUCCCACUAGCCCACGAAGGUCACUGGAUCAACCACAGCUAUGGCAGAUGGAUUACAAUUCAACCGGCUAAGGGAGGAUCUAUCAACUCAGUACAGAAUGGACUAUUGCUUGACUCCGCUGUGCAUCAACUCUUUGAUGCCUAUGCUAUCUCGAUCAACCCAGAUGACAAGUAUAAGGUCGUGGCAUUUAGGCCUACAUCGAAAAAUAUUGCCGGCAAGCAUCUCGAUCAGGAGCAUUUUGCUCGCUGUGAUGCACCUAUUGAUUCGCUUCUACGAUGGCAUUUCAGACAGGCAGUCUUAGCUAAUAUGAGGGGUUCUGGAGAGCCAGUUUUCGAACAUGAUUUCCCGCCUGGUUCUGAUAUAGCUGGUGACAUACUUCGUGGUCCUAAAGCAGCUGAAAGGAUGCAGUUUGAGCUAUUCAGCCGCCUUGGGGCUCAAAUGAAGCUAUUCAAAUAGACAAUUGAAUAUGGAAGUUCUCCCUAAGGUAGAAAGAAUAUCGUUCGAAUUCAGGGCUGAUCCAUCAACUUCUAGAGGUGAAUUUUCUACACGCGAGUGUCACGAGCAUUGCAAUCAGGUAUUAUGGCUCUGCAUCGAAAAGAGAUCUGAUUAAAGAAA